GAUGUCACAGGGGUGGUUAGUGUGCUCACUGGCCUGCCAGUUUCUGUAGUAACUGGUUUCCCACUUCCUUUACUUCCAUCAUUUUUUUUGUUCCCUCCUUGCAACCAUAAGGUCUCGGCGGCUGCACGGGGGUUGCUUGGCGAGGUCAGAUUGAGGUUGAGGUUAAAAUUAGGCUCCACCCGACAAUUGGUGUUGGGAUCUGUGUUACCCAGGCCAUCUGCAAGCCCUUCCUCCUCCGGAGUCGAGCUCUCUGAUGGGACAACAUCCUUGCCUCGUUUAGAAACAUUUGGUGAUGUUUCCAUCUUGAUGGUGUCCAAGUUUCUAGCAGGUAUGAAUCAAGGUCAGCACCUGAUUGGACAAAUGUAUACCAUUAUCCGGCAAGUAGAAUAAUGAAGUUAUUCAUACAUAAUAAAUGACAAUGUAUUAAGUACUUUAUGUUUUAGCAAUCUGGUAUUUAUUGAUCCGUGGUACCAAAUUGAUUUGAACAUUUUAUGACGAUGGAUCUCUUCAUGAGAGGAGAGAAACAUUACAACUUUUGAAAAAAACACUGACAAUGGAGGGAACACAUUUCUCCAAUGGCACACCAAGACAAGUAAAUUAUUGAUUAUUAUUUGUUGUUCAGUGUAAUACAGGACAGAUCUAGCAGUCAUACACAAAGAAGGUAGUAAACAAUCUUUAGCUGCCACCAUACUGUAUGUCCUAGUGGCUUGAUAUAAACUCAGUUAUUGCAGAUUAUUUUGUUUCUGUCAGCUGAUUUCUGUCACCCUGAUACCUCCUCCUCCUGGGAUCAGAUUUUUUGCUUGUUUGCCUUUUCCCUGUCGUGCCUGAAACUUCCACAUUCAGAAACAGCUUCAAGCAUCAUUGCUUUAUAGUUUCUAUAAAAAGUCUGUUAAAUAAAACAUUUCUUUUAAGUCAUGACUUCCAUUGAUUCCUCUUCAUUUUGUCGCUACAUACCUAUUCAUGAUCCUCGUUGGUCAAAGAAGGCGCGAUCCAAGAAAUCCCAUUAUGGUGUCUGAAAACUGCCUGCUGAGUCAGAGAGGAAAGCCUGAGCUGCUCCCUCCUCGGUGCUCUACCAGAGGAUGCACUCAUGAAUAAAUAAGAGAAGGCGGGAACGAGGGAGGAGAUCAUCAUCAUCAUGAUUUUCUCUCCUCCUUUAACCCUUCUUUUCAUGGCUUCCUCUGUUCCUCUUUUCUUCGUCUUUUUACCUCAUCUUGUUCCUCAAACCAUUUUUUACGUUAUUUAUUUCUUUAUCUGCUUUCUCUUUUAAACCUUUCUUUAUAUUCUGGGUGUGGCUCUUCCUCUCUUAUUGUCAUUUGUCACCUUGUUAUCAUCGAUUUACUUUUCAUUCCGUCAUUUUGUUCUCUAUCCACUUCCAUCCUUUGCCCCUUGUUCUAAAAAAUUAUCUCCAGGACAUUGACAGAAUGAUUUACAAUCCCGUCAUCAAAAAUAAACGUUAAGGAAAUAUGUUAUAUGACUUAUAGCGCAAUGUUCAAUGUCUGAUUAGACCUUAAAUUAAUGGAUCUAAUGGACUUCCUGGACCAUCUCCAUUGUCCCCAAUUUGGGUUGUAUAAAAAAUGUAGACGUUUCAUUUUCAUCCAUCUGCAGAAGAUGUUUUGGAGGUAUACGGUCGUUCUUGCUUUGUAAAAUGUGAACAAUUUUAUUGUAUUUACUUGAAGUCUGAGAACAAUAAAAUAAAAACCACAAGGAUUCAACCUUUGGUGACCAUGCAUAUCAGUAUAUAUUUGAGCACAUCCAACCAAAUCAAUCAAAUAAAUCCUGUUAGUGGCAGCUGCAUCAUGCAAAAGACAAAUAAAUUAUACAAAGUGCUAAAAUAUGAAUUAGGAUCUAAAAAUAGUGGUUGUCAGAUUGAGGUGGGGAUGAAGAAUUUAGGAUAGCUGUUUUUCUUUUUUUGUAACAAGAUGGCCUGAUGGCAACAAAGACAAUUCAAGUACAAGAACAUAUCAAGAAGGAGCCAAGAUACAGUUUAGGCUUUCUGGAGGAUUUGCUGGUUGCAAAAACUGUUUAGAUCUUUAUGAGCUUGUUUUGCUUUCAGCCUGGAUGGUUGUGAAUUAAAAUAGAAAGCAAGUUGAGGUCUUACUUAUGUAGAAAGAUGUAGAAUGAGGCCAAGGGAGUCAUGACGUAGCAUUACCUACCAGAAACUUCUCCACAGUUCUGCUGAAGCCUCCUUAGCUUUUUUGUUUUGUUUUGACCCUUGACGCUAUUAGCUCGCCUGUCACACCUUCCUCAGCUGUCUCAGCCAACAGGAUGCUGCAACAGUGAUGCUACCUGACAGCAACAGCUGACUGGGCAUUGUCCUCUAGUGUGUUUGUGCUUGUACUUACACCAGCAGCAAGCCUUUUUAUUUCAUCGAUGGACGUGGAACGGAGAAGACUAGAAGGGGAGCUCUUUCCGCUGUUUUGUCCUUAUUAAGGAAAACUUGGCUGACUAUUUCAGACUCUGACACAGAAAUACUCCGGAUUGAAGAAAACAGGCUUUGAUUUGGACGUCGUCCCGUUGAGACAACAACAUGUUGGAGGAAAACUCAGAUACAGAGCAUGAGGUCGGCGGUAAGCCUGACUUCUCGCCAGUGUCUUGGCGCGAGUAUUUUGACCAGAUGGAGGAUGUGAACGUGGGACCGGCAGACAGCAGGGAUGUCUUUAGGAUCUAUAAAGCAGGAAAUGAAGGACCUCUACUGGUUCUGCUGCACGGAGGAGGACAUUCGGCCCUCUCCUGGGCCGUCUUCACUAGAGCCAUUGCCAGCAGAGUGACCUGCAGGAUACUUGCCAUGGAUCUCAGGGGUCAUGGUGCAACCCUGGUCCACCAACUAGACAACUUCUCCACUCAAAGUAUGUCAAGUGAUGUAGCCAGUGUGAUUCAAGCAUGCUACGGAGAGACUCCUCCCCCUAUUGUCUUGAUUGGCCACGGUGUUGGGGGGGCGAUCGCAGUGUAUACAGCCAGCAACAUGCUGCUACCCACCACUGUCGGGCUGGUAGCUAUCGAUGUUGUGGAAGGCAGUGCAAUGGACGCACUUCACAGCAUACAGAACUUCCUGAAGGGAAGGCCCAAGUCCUUCAAGUCCAUGGAGCAUGCAAUAGAGUGGAGUGUCAAGAGUGGACAAAUCAGGAACCUGGAAUCUGCCAAAGUGUCAAUGGUUGGUCAGAUCAAAAGGUGUGAGGUGGAGAAAGCUGAUUCUCUGGAGCAGGCCAGCCCGGUGACCGAUGUGGUCGUCGAGCGCAACGAGGAGCCCAACGAUCAGACCUAUGCCAAUGACGAAGAAAACGCGGCCUCAGAGGUGAACCAGAGUGUGUAUAAGUGGCGUAUAGACCUGUCGAAGUCAGAAAAGUAUUGGGAAGGCUGGUUUAGAGGAACCUCGAACCUCUUCCUGGCUUGCAACCUGCCCAAACUCCUGCUACUUUCCGGUAUCGGUCGGCUGGACAGAGAUCUGAGUAUUGGCCAGAUGCAAGGUAAAUUUAUGAUGCAGGUGCUGCCCCCCUGUGGCCAUGCAGUGCAAGAAGACACACCAGAGAAAGUGGCCGACGCUGUGGCCUCCUUCCUGUUCAGACACAAGUUUGCUGAAGUCAGAGGGGAAAAUAAAUGCUCCAACUCUCUAUCACGAUGAGGUCUGCAGAUCAGCAAACACGAGCUCCAUCCUCCAGCCCGAAGAAGACCAGUACAGACGUCCAUUUUUAUCACCGACCUUCAUUGUUUUGCAGACGUAGCUGAACUCUUUAGUUUUAAACCUUCAAAACGUUACCCAGCUGUUGCACAGUUACAGUUCUGCUCUUAUUAAAACCAAAGUCAACAAUAGCCGUUUUUGUACCCUAACCCAUCUGACGGAACAAAACCGUGGCGCUGACAGGACACAGUGCACACGGGCUAUAUGGAAAUUGUCUGACCUCUCGUAUCCACGGGAUAGUUUCUGGAGAGUACCUAAAACUUUUUUAAUUUUUUUAAAUCUUCCUCCCAUGUCCCCUCAGGGGCUCGGCUAUGACUCCGGACUGCAGAACUAGCAGUCACUAGCUAUCACUUCAGCUGACGGUCACUGCUACCUAGCUGAUUAAUUGAGAAGUAACGAUGUAAUGAAAUUUAAUUUGUUGAAGCAUGAGACUGAAAUCUUACAGAAUUCUUACACUCCUUGCAUGGUCGUGUUAUCUCACUUGUUUCCUCAAAAA